AGAUCAGCAAGACCAUGGUGUGGUUUGGUAUGGAAGAGGCUAGCUGAUCAAUUUCAAAAAGAAAUUAAAACAUGGGCUAAUAAAUUGGCUUUGCGACGGAAACUGUACUCAUUACGGUUAAAAGACAGCAAACCCAUUCAAAAACACAUUAAGGAGAUGACUGAAAUAUGUGAUGGACCAGCAGCUAUUGAUGACCAUAUUACGGAGGAGGAUCGAGUUGUUCAUUUGUUAGCAAGUUUACCUGAGUCAUUAAAUCUACUGGUAAAGGUCCUUGAGGCAAAUUCCGAUGCUCCCAAAAUGGAAACUGUGAUAGAACGUUUAUAG